AUGACUUCACUUGUCGGGAAAGUUAAUUCUACCCUCAGAAUUCCACUGACCUUAUUCUUAGUGUUAGGUUUGUGGGCACCGAACCAUUUCCAAGGGUUACGAAAGCGUCUAUUUAAUAUUUAUACCUUUUUCUCUUACAUGUUCUUAGUAGGUAUUUACAUCACUGUACAACUCGGUGAUCUUUACAAAGUAUGGGGUAAUAUAUCUCUGAUGACAGCUACCAUGUUUCUAAUCUUUACAAAUCUUGCAUUAAGUGGUAAAUUCAUAAAUAUUGUGUUAAGAAAGACGCAAAUACAAAGCUUGAUCGCUGAAGUGAAGGAGGAAUUAGAUGCAGAGACUAGAGAAGAGGGAAUAACAAUUAUUAAAAGUUGUAACCGUGAGACGACUAUCCAAUAUUACGGAUAUAUCUGGCUGUCUUACGUGACUAUACUGGGUUGGGCUGCCAGUGCCGAGAAAAAUCAGCUACCUUUGCGAGCUUGGUAUCCUUAUGAUGUGUCUAAAACUCCUGCCUAUGAGAUUACGUACUCGCAUCAGUGUAUAGCACUCCUUAUCGCUUCAGCACUGAAUAUCAGCAUGGAUAUCUUGGCCACGACCCUCAUCUGCCAGUGCCGCUGUCGCCUGCGUUUGCUGGCUCUUUCCCUCACCACGCUUUGUGAUGGAGCACUGGUGGAAAACAAGAGUCAUGUUUCAUGUAAUGAAGACGUAGUAAUGUCCCGUCUACGUAAAUGCGUCGAGCGCCACCAGUCGGCGUUGGAACACGCUCGUCUUUUGCAAAUCUACUUCUCCGCUCCGAUCUUUGGCCAGUUCUUAGUAUCUGUGCUUAUCAUAUGUGCGACUGCUUACCAAUUGGCCUUUGAGUCAUCAAGCCUAUUACGAGUAUUUGCAAUGGUAGCAUAUUUAGUGGACAUGAUGUUACAAGUGUUUCUCUACUGCUAUCAGGGGAAUGAACUGCUCGAUCAGAGUGAGAAUAUAAAAGAGGCAGCUUACGCGUGCCCGUGGUACUACUGCAGCACCCCAGUGCGGCGCGCGUUGCUCCUCCUCACCACGAGGAGCUACCGGCUUGUCAGGCUGAGAGCAGGAGGGUUCACUGAACUCUCCCUAGCUUCGUUUAUGGGAAUAAUCAAAGCUUCGUAUACAUUCUUCACAGUACUUCAACAAGUGGAGGAAUAA